UGAUGUAAUAUGAUCUAUACUCUGAUUAAACCCUUCAAACACAGGCAGAUGGAAGGCAGUUAGACCUGAUUAACUGACAUGCGGAUUUAUGCUUCAGAGACAAAGAAGACAAAUUCCAGAAUUUUCUGUUUGUCAAGAUGGAAAAACGACGAUAUGUUAUUCUUUUGAAGAUUUAAAGGGUACAGUUGUGAAUCGGUAAAUCUUCUCAAUAAUUUGAUGGUUACUAAAGAUUACGUCUGAAGUUAUACUUAGUUUAGUUUCUAGCAUAAAGUCUGACCGCGUCAACAUUGUUGCACCGGCUUGUCCUGUCCAUAGAGCUGAGGACAGUACAAAUUGGGACCAGAAAGGUUGACCCGGCUCGGAAAUUCAAAUGUGCUACGGCUGCCAGUGAGCUUGCACUUCAACUAUAGACAGACGCGGAAGUGAAAGAAAAAUGUUUAGUAAACUCAGAAGAUUUUAAUAUAUUCGUAUAUAAGGAGAACAAUGAUGUCUGGACUCCUUGGCCGAAGAUGGAAAGGGUACGGGAUCCUAUUGUUUACUCUAGCACUGGGAUUUUUUAUUUUAACUCGGUUGGACAGAUCAACCCUACAGGACAGCAACAGAGACAGCCAUAAGGACAGCGAACAGUCAGACCGCCACAGCGCUGUCAAGUCUGAAAGCGGCGAAGACAGUACCCCUGGCUGGGAUCUUGAACAAGAAAAUCCAAGAUUAAUCGAGCGAAUAUCCGAUGUUAUUCUGCCAGCUGCGGAUCCUAAAUCAAUCCUGAAAAUUAGUAAAGAAAUACAACUCGGCCAGGUUGGACAGAUAGAACAUGUCGUCUCAUAUUUCAAAAAUAAAAAGGGUGGAUUUUUUCUCGAAGCCGGAGCCUUUGACGGAGAAUAUUUAAGUAACACUUUAUAUCUUGAGGCCCAAUUUAACUGGACCGGGAUAUUGAUUGAGCCAAAUAGAGAAGCUUUCAAAACUUUAAUUACAAGAAACAGAAAAUCUAAACUUUUAAAUUCAUGUUUAUCAGUCCACAGAUAUUCCGAAGAAGUUACGUUUGAUGCAGCUGAUGUAGUGGGUGGUAUACUAGGAGAUGGUCCAGAUACUAAGGGAUGGGUACCCGCUGAUAAACGAGCAAAAUAUCGUCUGAGAUGCUUCCCUCUAUACAGUAUAAUCAUGGCUCUUGGUAACCCAAAAAUAGAUUUCAUGAGCCUGGAUAUCGAGGGGGUUGAACUAGCUGUACUAGAAACUAUACCCUGGAGUAAGGUGGAUAUUGAAACCCUACUUAUUGAGGUUGAGCAUUCUAACAGUGCGGCUAUAAGUUCUAUUCUACAAUCUCAUGGAUAUAGAAUAGAUCAUAUGUUUGGAAAACAGGAUAUUUUUUAUGUCAAGUAUUGAUAACGUCGCUGAGGUCGUUUUUGGGC